AUGGCGCACCCAAACGGUCAACCGGCAUACUACGGCCAGCCGAAUAACCCCCCGGCCUCUUCUCAGCCAUCCACCGGUCGCUACGACAACUAUCUCACCCAGGGGAUUCCAACUUCAAACCAACAGCUCCCGAGGCGAAUGCCAAGCUACAAUGCUGGCGAUGAUUCGCAGAUGCUCAACGCUUCGCGGAUGCACAAUGCGCAAGCGACCGGUACCAACGCGCAAUACUCGGUGCAAAGCAACGCACACAACAGUGUCGUGGGACAAACAGGCUAUAGCGUCUCACCGGGGGCAUACGAUGAUGACUCGUCCGGGUUUUCGCACACUUCAUCCGACCAGUCGCGCAUGUCGCCCACUCGUGCCUCGUCGCAUACGUCCUCAAGCGUGUCCAGCCAUGGGUAUCGGUACCCGGUCUCCUCCAAUCAACCAGCAUACAACCCCCAACAAUACGGGAUCCCUCAAUCACAAACCCAGCCCAACCUCAGUUAUAAUCCUUUGACAUAUACCGCCCCUAGCAGCAAUAUCACGUAUUCCAAUUCCGUGUCCAGUCAUCAGCCAUACAACCCAGCCGCAUACCAGCCUGCUGCGGUGAGUGGGUUGAAUUCGCCCACCCUCAUGCGACGACCUAGUGAAGCCUCCCAUUAUGGACAAGCUCCUGCCACCCCGCAGUCGUAUGGCUUCUCUCCCCAGCCUCCCCCGAUCCCUCCACGUGGGCCCGACCAUCCUUACGGCAGUCGUCCUGCCCCAUAUUUGACAACCUCUACCUCCUCUCAGCAGGUCACGACGAAUGUUCCCACACCGCAUCAGGCUGCGACGUCCCCGACCUCGAACUCAUCAGGAUCGUACAUGUCUCAAUCUACAAGCCGUCCUUAUUUCCCGGUGGCCCGUGGCUUUGGAUACGACUCGCCCUAUCCGACUCCAACCCAACCCCCCGUCGCAAGCAGCAGCUAUGAGGAACAACCACCAGAGCCGCCAGUGCAUCAGCCACAAGGCAAUGGAGUCUAUGGCAAGGGACCUGGUCUUUCUCAUUCGACUUCUGGCCGGGCUCUACCCACUCCACCGGUACAGCAGGACUUACCAAUUCUACCCCCAAGGCGAACUGAUACCCUCACCCGACAUCCUCAAGCACGACCUCUUCCCGGACCACCAGUUGAUUCCGAAACCGCCUCUAAUGGCUUGCCAGCUUCCAUUCAGACCCACAGCAAUGGCGAACUAAUGAAAGAGCUCGAGUCAGCAGUGAUGGAUACUCAGGCGACAUUCAAUAGACGCCAUAGUUCACGAACAUCACAGUACGGUUCAGCUGCAAACGUGCGACUAUCACCCGAUGAGCAGCAUACCCAUACCAACGGGAGUGUCUCUGCGGGAACUGAGUACCAUGUCAAUUACGAUGCAUACAGCGAUGAAAGUGAGGCGGAGGCAGAAGCUGGCCUCGCUAUGCUGCGUAUGGCUGAGGAAGAGGAACAGGCUCGCCAAGACCGAGAACGAGAACGUCUUCAUGACCGUGCUCGACGUGAGACUAAUGCGUCUGUCCAUAGUUCCCACUCCCAGGGCUCCCAUAUGUCAGCGAAAGGCUAUUCGCCGCAGCAGUUGUCUCCACGUGCGCAUUCUCCACGCGACACCUCUCCAAACUCGGAUCCAAGCGAGGACAACGAGUUCAUUGGUCAUGACUUAGCUCUCUAUGGGGGUGGCUAUCAAGGGAACCUCCACUAUGGAGAAGACCCGACUCGCAAUUCGGGGGAUUUCUCUGAUCCCACAGCAAGUGGAGGAUUCCAGCGCUCUCGUGACUCUGUCAGGAGCCCUAAUCUUUCUCAUGGCGAACGAGGGGGAGAAUCGUAUGACGACUAUGAGCAUCCUCCAAUCGCUUAUGAGUACGCCAAUCGUUUACACCACAUUCCACCAAAUGCUCGGGUGGAUGCUGGAGGUACUGGUGGCCUUUCUGCGCCUGGUUAUUAUCAUCGUCGUAUGAGUUUCGAUUAUGGCGAGGAUGGUGAUAGCCCUUAUGAACAAACCCCAGAAGGUGAUGAGUCCGGUGAUGAGAGUCCGCACCGCGCGGCUCAUGAAGAUUUAUUCUUCCAUCCCGGCAUGCGCCCAUUGCCCCCCGCCCCCGUUGAACCCGCUGCUGGCGCCGAUCUCUACAGCCAUCUGAUGCCUGCAGGCACGUACCGGACUCCAGAACAGGGCGAGAUGCAGGUUGCCCAACAGUAUAGACUCCCACCCCUGACUACAUCUGUGGACUCUUAUGGAGAGCCGAUGCUCAGUCCAUCUCAAGUUCCACGGUCGUCGUCUUUGUCGACGCCCAUUGGACCCCGUACUGAUCCGCCUAUCAGAUCGAAGACCGAUGCGGACCGCGCUAAGUACAAGCAGCAGCAGGAGUUCUUGAAGCAGUUACAGCAGAAGGAUCUGCCCAAGAUUGACCCUGCUGAGGCGGCUGCUACUAUGGCGUUGGACCUGCCGACCAUCCCUGCGGGACGUCGCAAGAAGUUCAACCCUACAAAGUUGUCUUCCGAGCAAUUCAAGAAGUGCACUAAGCCCUGGGCGCUGAGUUCCAUUUUGGCUUGGAUCAAGGAUUUGAGUCAGGACGAGACAGACCUGAGAGAACAGGCCUUGGUAGAUGCGAUUGUGGCUCUGUUUACCCACAAGGUUCCUACGAUGAACAUUACGGAGGCUGAGACUCUCGCGGCUCGAGUCGUCAGCGGCAUGCUGAAGGAAGAAGCUUUGGUCAAAGACGAGGAGUGGGUCAAGUUCAGCAGCGGAGAAAUCUCCGGUGUUCUGUUCCAAAUCACUGGUACUGGGUGCUACUCGCCGAAACUCCAUGAACAAGAGAUGCAUAUUCAAGAUAUCGAUUCACACGGGCGGUGCUAUUCUCAUCACUGCAUGCGGACCUUGAAGAAAGUCAACUUGAAAACCCAAAUGAUGGCCCCUCAGAAGAAGGUCGAAGAUUGGGUGACCUUUUACAAGGUGCCCAAAGAAAUAUGGGAAUCGCACCCGAAGAAGGAGAUCGAUCGUCAAAACAACCUACACGAGAUUGUGACCACCGAAGACGCUUAUAUCGGCCAGCUGGAUGUCCUGCGGGAACUUUACCGUGACCAGCUAGCCCAUAUGAAUCCACCUAUUAUCCCCAUCAAACGCCUGCCCAAAUUUCUGGCUGACGUUUUUGGCAAGGUUGACAUGGUAAAAAGAGUCAACGAGGACUAUCUGUUAGCGCAGCUCAAGUACCGCCAGAAGGAACAGGGACCCUUCAUCGCAGGUUUCAGCGACAUCUUCCGCGAGUGGAUUCGCAAGGCUAAAAAUGUCUACAUUGACUAUGCUGCAACGUUCCCCUUUGCAAACUAUUACGUUCGCAAAGAGGCUGAUCGCAAUCCUCAGUUCAUGGCAUUCUUGAAUCAGGUCCGUGACCACAAGCUGUCCAACCGUCUAAGUUGGGACACUUAUCUCAAGUCCCCUAUUACGCGGAUCCAGCGCUACACCUUACUGCUGGCUACUGUGCAUAAGAACAUGCCUAAGGAUUCGGAGGAAAAGGCCAACCUCGCGCAGGCCAUUGAAGAAAUCAAGGUUGUGGCUCUCGAAUGUGACAAUAAAGUGGGCGAGCAGACUAAAAAGACCGACUUGAUGGACCUUGCAAGCAAACUACAGUUGCGACCAGAGAUGAAGAAGGAGGUGGAACUUAACCUCGAUCAUAUGGGCCGUGAAAUCAUCUUCAGAGGUGACCUCCAGCGACCCGGCACGCGAACUCGAUUCCUGGUCGAUACACAUGCAAUUCUCUUUGACCACUACCUUGUCCUUGCAAAGUCGUUCACAGCACGAGAUGCAACCCGCGCCAUUAAAUAUGAACGCUACGAUGUUUCAAAACUGCCCAUUCCUAUGGAUCUUCUAGCUCUCGAGAGCACAAAAGACGACCCUGUUGUCAAAUCUGCUGUCCGAGGUGUUGCGACAGUGACUCCCGCACAGGGCGGCAUUGGCCCCUUAAACAAUGGCGGUGCUACUGGUACCAACGGUGCUACCGCAACUCUUGAUUCGAAGGACGACGGGAUCCUCUACCCCUUCAAGAUCAAGCAUCUUGGCAAAGAAGGCACCUACACUCUCUAUGCUUUCUCGGCAAGCAGCCGCGCAGACUGGUGCGAGAAGAUAAUCGAGGCCAAGACCAAGCAUGCUGCAGCACUAUUCUCGCAGAACGCCGAACCCUUCCGCCUGCGGGUGCUUGCAGACACUGCCUUCGCAUACUCGGACCAAAGCAAUGGCUCGAAGAGUGUCAUGAUAAAGGGAACCCCGCUGCAUCGUGCCAUAAAAGAGGUCGAGAAGAAGUUCUCCGAAACUCCAACUCGCCCUGCGCCUAUUUGUAGAACCGCUGUCAACUGCGCCACUGUCUUCCAGCAACCUCCCGGUCGAAUGAUGUGCGCGAUUGGAACUGACAAUGGAGUGUACAUGUCUGACCUCAGCAACCCGCGUGGUUGGUACAGGGCUAUUCCCAUCAUACGGGUUACACAAGUCGCCGUGUUCGAGGAGUUCAACCUGUUCCUGCUUAUUUCAGAUCGAUCUCUGAUCGCAUACCACCUGGAUGUGGUAUGCCCUGCAAGCGGUGUCACUUCUCAAUCGCAAGACUCUGCCCGUCGUGCUCCACAGAAACUAUCGGGUAACCGCGAAGUAGGCUUCUUUGCUGCAGGUCGCUUAAAGGAUCGCUAUUUGGUGCUGUACAAGAAGCGAGAUGGCUUAUCAUCCACCUUCAAAGUUUUGGAACCUAUCCUGCAAAAAUCAGCCUCCAGCAAAAGCCGGUUCUUCCAGUCACGGCGCUCUCAAACCGAGUUCUUCCGCGAAUAUGAUGAGUUCUAUAUUCCGGCCGAAAGCUAUGGCAUCAACAUGUUUCACUCCUCCCUGGCAAUCUCUACACAUCGCGGCAUUGAGGUUCUCACUUUAGACAAGAAACACUCCUGGUCUGUUCCUGACUUCCGCUCCGCCAACACCGACGCACAAGACACCCUCCACAGCAUCGCCCAGCGUAUCAAGGAUCUUCGACCCCUCGGAAUGUUCCGCCUCAGCGAAAGCGAGUUCCUGGUCGCCUACCAGGAGUGUGCGGUGUACGUCAACAAGCACGGCGACGUCUCACGUAGCGUGGUGAUGGAGUUUGUCGGUAGCGCACACACAGCCUCCUUGCACGGGAAAUUCCUCAUCCUCUUCAACGAAGAUUUCGUCGAAGUCCGAAACGCCAUGAACGGCCGCUUGCGACAGGUCAUUCCGGGCCACAAUGUCGUGCGCCUCGACGAUGGCAGCAAGUUGCCAGGUUCGCUCGGCCAAGCCACCUCUCCUGGCUCUAUGAGUGGGUUCAGCUCGAAUGGUGUCUCGCCCGAUGCUGCUAGCCAUACAGUCAAGAUCUGCAUGCAGCACCCGCAAUACGAGCGCAGUCAGAUCGUCUUAGAGUUGGUCGAGAACGAGGGACAAAAGGAUUAG